GGUCCACUAUUUUUUUGGCUGCUUCUCUUAACUAUUUCUCCCGUCAUCCUGCCGAGCGCGCCGCGUUUAAAUGUCCAUACAGAUCUAGAGGGAGAGAGAGCAACAACAGAAACUAGCCGUCAGUUUAUUCCUCAGAGAAGCGGAGCAAUAGGCAAAUAACAGCGGGGAGUCUGCGCACAAGUGCAUUUUUUUCUGUGUGUGGAGAGCUUGAGGGCCGUCCAGUCCUAGUGAGCGCCGCCCGCCGCCGCCGCUGCGUUCAAGAAAUUGUUUUUAAUAUUAUUUUCGUGACUGUGUGAAAGAGAGAUCGAGAAAUCGAGAUCACAAAAGCAGAGAAAGCUGGAUAGACCCCUCGGUAGAAGUAGAGGGCAGACUUCAGUCACGAUGGAUCUGCACUGGUGAGAAGACACUCGAACGUCUCCUGGCCGUCCACCUCCAGAAAAGCCCUUGUAGCUUGUCUAACUGUCUAACUGUACACCCCCCCAACCGCCGCUACUAUAGUGAUAAUCGUGAAAAAACAUUCGUAACUGUUUUCGCUUGGUUUUUUGUUGUACGCUGUUUUUGUUGUUGUUGUUGCUAUCAAUUCCAUCCACCCCAUUUUACCUUUAAUCCACACCUGUUGGGAGUUUAAUCUAACCACACCCUUAAGCAACCAUGAAAGACAAGAGAUUGAUGCUCGUGUUCUUCUUCUUGGCCGUCGUCGCUGGCCGCUUCGCCUCGGCUAAUACCGAAUCCGCACUGGUGGAGAAUUCCACCGACGACGAUUACCACGUCGUCGUGGUCGACGACGGAAAUUCAACCGAAGGACGGGAGGAUCCAGGAGACGAAACGCUGGAAGAUCCGAUGACGGCCAUCGACAACGACAAGUUUCUGAGGCGAUUGAUUCGAGUUCAGACCUUCUCCCGGCCCAUUCGCACCAAAACCCGUCCGGUUUGGUACAACGGCCAGUCGCCGGUCUCUUUUAAAUCCUCGACGACGACCCAAUCGCCGUCGACCACAAAGGCGACGCCGAUUAGUCUGGAGACGACGCCGGAAAAGAUGGCGGACGUCACCACAGUUCCGCCGACCAUCGAAACGGAAGAUGUCGUCAAGACGGACGUGACGACUCCGGUUGGCGAAACGACCAGCGACGGUGAGAGGACGACGUCGCAGGAAGAAAGGUGGUUGCUGGACACGCUGGAAGAAGUGGCCCAAACUGUCCAGGAUUCCGAUUUGCCGUCCAUCGACGCCAUCGAGCAAAUGCUGGAGACGGAAGCGCCCAAGGUUCACGAUGACAACCGGAAUAGUCUCUCGCCAUUCCCGACCAACGCGGCCGAGACUGUCGUUCACGACAGCAGAGUUUCCAGCACGCCGAGUCCGGCCAGCAUCUCGUCGGCCCCCGUUUGGAUCUACCGUCCGACCUCGUCGGCAGCAGUGAGCAACGAAGCGGCCCAGCAGCCCAGCAACGCGGUCAAGCGCGGAGGAACGCCGUCCAACAGCAACGGAUUGAGCCGAUGGGGCGUAACGGUGAAGCCCGGCACCAUCUCGACGACGGUGCGCAGUUUCAAAAUGCCCAACGGCUUAGUGACGGCAUCUAAACCCACGGCCGACAUUGAACGACUGACGACCACCGCCCAUCACAAAGUGGCCAGGUCGACGCUGGCCAGCCAAAUGCUAGGUAAAACGUCCAUUCCUUCCACUCAACAAACGACUGAAUGGUGGAUCACUAAACCCAAUUAUCAAUUUGACAACCUGGACGAUGAAGCUGAGGCCGAUUACGUCAGCAGCGACGGCAGCAGCAGCAACCAGGCGACGGCGACGUCGGCCGAAUCCCCCGAUGCUGCCGGACUAGCACCACCCAAAUCUCCUCCGCAUUUCAACAUUUUUUACGACGACGGCCAGGAAGCUCCGACCGGUUUAAAGAAUCGACCGGCCAGUUUUUACCAAUCGACACCUCGACUUCCGCUUUCGGCUAACCCGCUGAUUAUCAAAGGGCCUCUGGUCACCCGGCCGUCCACUGCUAGGCCCAAAACGACGGAGAAAUCAACGACCACAACUCGACGGUCAUCAACGACGAAAAGAGCUGCAACCACAACGACGACCACCACCACCACAACAACGCCGAAACCCAGGACGUCACGGCCGAAAACAACCACGACAACAACAACAACGACCAGAAAACCUAAAACCAAUCCCAGCACCACCACCGCUUCCACUCGAAAACCACCUGCCACCAUUCCCAUUAAACAAACCAACAAAAGGCCGGACAGUGUCCAAUUUGUCCGCGUCCCACUGCCCAACCUUCGCCCACCUUUUCCAGCCGAUUCGGGAGUGACGGACGAACCUGGAAAUUUCCAGGAAUUUGUUCGCACUACAACCGAAUUCCCGGACUCUGACGCCACAGACGACUUGGAAAUUGAUCUGGGAGGCACCGAGAUCCGUCCGGUAUUCCCGGCAGAAUUUGAAGCAGCCGAAGAAUUGUUCGCUAAUGGCGAAUUCACCGACAGCCCCGAUAGUUCAUCCAACUCGUCGACAGACAGCACCGGAAGCGGCGGCGGAACGAGCGGCACUGGCAGCAACGGAUUGAUUGACGAACAGCAAAUUCCCAUCAAUUUCGUCGUUGUCAAUAUCUGGAAUUAUGUCGGAGGUCAAUUGACUUUGGUUGGCCAGCAAGUGGUGCCCGCUCAAGUCCUGGCCGGCAUCAACAUCACCAACGGAGCCACCAUCCAGUCAUCCAGUUUGCCCGAAACGAUUUUGAAUCAGCUGACCAGUCUCCUGGGAUCUACGACGUUAAGUACAACAUCGACCACGACAACAACAACUACUCCUAAACCCACUUUGCCACCACGUCCUUACGGCGGAGUAGGUAAUCCAGCGCUAGUCGGAGUCGGCCCUUCGGUUGUCAAAGGGCAAGACUACGGGAAACCUUCCCAGACGUACGGCCCACCCAAAGCUCCUUCAACAUCUUACGGUCCACCCAAAGCUCCUUCGACAUCUUACGGGCCUCCUAAGGCUCCAUCUACUUCUUAUGGGCCUCCGCCAGCUUCUUCUUAUGGACCUCCACCAGCUUCUUCCUACGGACCUCCACCAGUUGACUCCUACGGACCUCCACCAGUUGACUCGUAUGGCCCACCGCCAGCAUCUUCUUAUGGUCCACCUCCUACAUCUUACGGUCCACCUCCUACAUCUUACGGGCCUCCACCCCCUACAUCUUACGGACCCCCACCACCUUCAUCCUAUGGGCCUCCACCACAGCCAGCUAUAUCCCUUCCUGCUCCUCAGUAUUAUGCGCCGACUACGUCAGUCCCGUCUUAUGCAGUUUCCGACUCUUACGGAUUACCGACUCCGACACCUUUAGACUUGGAAGCCAUCCAGUAUCCUUCCACGUCAUACGGCCCUCCGCCAACCACACAGGCCCCGACUUAUGUCGCUCCCAGCAUUUCACUUCCCACAUCAUACCUGCCUCCUAAAGCUCCUUCCACUUCAUAUGGACCCCCUCCCAAAGCUCCUUCCACUUCUUACGGGCCUCCUCCCAAGGCUCCUUCCACAUCCUACGGCCAGCCGAUCCAAUCGUACGGCCCUCCACCCACACCGAAGCCCAUCGAUUUAGAGUCUUACGCUGAGAAACAUCACCACCACCACCACGAUUACAAUCAAUCUCCCAAUGCUUCCAACAUGGACUACCAUCCGGAUCACCGGACGACGACGACGACAACCACGACGACGCCAGCCCCACCGUCCGUUUCCGCUCAUCACGCCGUUCACCAUCACAACCACAAUCACAACAGCAACAACAAAUUUUCGUCCUUUUCCCAGUUGCAGGUGAAAGCCCCACUGAGUCCUCCGAGCCCACCUGAAAUCAAUCACAACUUGGUCGUCAAAGGAGUGGCUAACGCCAAUCAGAUCAACACCAACACCAAUAAAAACGUCGCCAAAGGUCCCGCUCGAAGGCCGUCCAAUAAGAAGAGGCCGCAAAAUGGCGGGGUCAAGUCUAUCAGCACAACUCUGCGGACUCCGCAAGGCAAUUUGAACUUUGUCGACAUCAACAACGGGCAAAGCCCAGGGCCGUUCGUCAAGGGAGGCAACCCGCUGGGAGCUCUUUUGCCCGAUUUCAUUCUAGAGAGUCUCGGACAUCCGAUGUCGUUCUUGCCGCACGAAUUCUCUCAGAGAUCCGGACAAUUCGAUCCGCGUUUCGACGAUGCUCCAUCACAACCGGUCCAAAAGUUGCACCAGUCCAAUUCCCGCACUAACGUCGCAUCAAGCCGCACCGGAGAUGACGGAGAGUCGACUGGCGACCGCAAUAGAGCAGCUCAUCCGGCUCCUACCACUCAAGGUACCAGAAGCGAUAACAAGAGUCCCGUUAGCGACAGCGUCAUCAUCAACAGCCCGGCCAACAAACAACCCAAACAUCCGCUCGACCCGCGACCAUCGUUUACUCGACCAUCACCGUCUGCCAUGGAAAUCGCUUUCGGUGAUGCUGUCGGGAAGAGGUUAACGCCAGUUGCUUACUAUCCGUCUCUUGGACAUCCGUUAGAAGGAGCCCAUGGCAAUCAACAAAGAUCUGACGAUGGCUUGGAGGUAGUUGACUUAUCGUCGACUUCAACCACUACGGCCACGACAUCCAAAUCGGACCGCGGACGAUUCCACAUGCAGGGAGUCAAGUUCAACCUCCCGGCGGCCGCGAUUUCUGCCGCCGCCUUUUCCCUGCCCAUUCUGGUCGGACGCAAGAAGCGUGAGGCUAGAAGAGGUCCUUAUUGGCAGUUGAAGGAGAAGCAAGAAGAAGUUGAACACAAUCACGAAGCGGAGGAAGCAUUUGUCAGACACUUCACAGCGGAAAACGAGCGAGAGAUGCGCCAAAAGAACAUUGCUUCGUACAAUUGCCGACAGCUAUCGGUGAACGACGAAAGUGCCGAGGAAGUUGGCCGCAGCAGUGCCGUCACCACUCUCCACCAUCUGCUCGUCUGCCCGGGUCGCCAAUCCCGAACGCUCAACAUGAUUUUGCUGGACGGCUUAGCCGUCCGCUGAGCGCGCACGCGUUAUACGAGGUUAUAAAAAUGCGCUUCAACAAUUUUUCCGUUAAACUAUAGACUGUAUCUCUGGCCAUAAGCUUCUUUUUUAUCUUUGGAAAUCUCUUUGAGCCGACCCUCGAGAGAGAGAGAGAAAGAACGAAAAGAAGAAGAAGAAGUUGAAGAAGAGAUCGACUCUUUAUUACAUAGAACAUCCUCCAGCAUUUCCCUACCAUUUUCAUACGUUAUUUUUUAAAAGAUUUUUUUUUUCUAAAAAAUUACUCAAACCAACCAAGGAGAAAAAAAAAUAAUUCGUUACUUUUUUAUAUCAUUAUUUUCUUUUCAUGCUAUUAUUUGUUAAUUUUAUUUUUUUUAAAGCCCCAGGGCUUCAUGUUUUAUAUAUUAUUUAAAUAUAUAUACAUAUAUAUUUUAUUAUCUAAAUUGCCCUCCUUGAUUUCGUUACACAUAUGAGGUCCAGCAAUUGAUUUGCGGUCCCAAACAAAGUUAUUAUAAUUUAGUACACCAAAUAAAAACCGAAUUCAUCAUUUUGUUAUACUUAACGUGACGUUACAUCAAUUUUAAAUAUUAUUGCUCUCCGCGGUUGCUUAUGCAUCAUGCUGUUUCAUGUUGUUGCUUUCAUUCUUCUUCUUCUUCUUCUUGGAAAGAGUAAAAAUAAACACGACAUAACAACAAAC